AUCUUUGGAAGUUAAGGCACGAUCUAAUCAAGGAGCUCUUUGGUUCUUGCUUGCUCCCUCCACUCCUCCGAAGCGAUCGAAAGGUCGUGCCUUGACUUGACUGCUUUCAACUUUCAACAACUGGCAAUUGGAAGAAAUACGAGACGGGAGAACUGACGAUGUUCUUUGGAUCUCCUCCGGCUGGCCAAAUCAAAUCAAAGAAAAAAUGAGGUUGCCGUAAGUCCAGUGAGUCGAAUCGUACCAUUUGUCGGACGAUAAGGUUAGGGAAAGGCCCAAAAUAAGAGAAGCCAAUGCGUGGUUCGCAUUGAUCUCGAUCCACCCAAGGAAGCGAACACUCAAAGAGAAGAUAUUUUAGUGUUCUCACAUUUUGCAAAACCAAACCGAGAACACAAUCCAUUGCUGAAGAAGAAGAAGGUGAGCAUUGACAGCCUCUAUUUCUAACCAAAGAAAAACCAACCAUGACGACUUGCAAUGGCAAUGACAUUAACAAGUACCAGCGAAUGGAUGUCUACGACAUUGACGGGACUCUGACUCGACCGGGUUAUGAUUUGUGGUAUUUGACGAGCAAGGCAUUGGCCAAAGAUGCCAAGGAUUUUGAUGCUCGUGUCAAGGAAUGGAAACAAGAGGUGGCAGACACAGGUGAAGUCGUCAAAUCCAGUGGCACCAUGAUGCAAGACACCAUUGGUCGUUUGCUCCGCGAUGACUUUGCGACGGGACAAGUGGUACAAGACAUGGCUCGCUCCAUUGUGGAGGAAUUGAUCCAAAAAGGCAUUGUCUUUUCCGAAUGGCUUGCCUUUGUCAAGGAACGAUUGCAGGAAGGAGUCACACCCGUGUUGGCCACCACCAACUAUAUCGAAGGUGCUCGUGCUUUCUUGGAGGCCUUGGUACGCGCCAAAUGGUUGACACAAGCCGAAGCAGACCGCUUUGUCUGUUCCGGCACUGUGGUGGACUGGAAAAACCGAACUCUCCUGCACUUUAAUAUCAACAUGGGCAAGGCCAAGGGAGUCUCCGAGGCUACUGGGAUUUCCGAUAUGGAGGCCAUCCAUCAGGCCGUAGAAAAUGUGUUUGGUGAUGAUCCAAUGGGCAACGACUACGGUAUCCUGACAAUGACAAAUCAUCAUGCAUGGGUGGUCAAUACGCAAAAGAACGCCACCAAGGCGUUGCCGUUGGGCAUGCAACGCAUGUCAUGGUUGCAUUGGACGGAUCAAGCCAAACAUCGUGUGCCACGAGGUCUCAUGGGAGUCUUUGGUGGAAAAAGCGGCGACAAUGAUGAGCGGCCUAGCAAACGCUUGCAAGUGGAUACCAGCAACAUUCCUUUGUUGGAUACCCACGCGAGUUCCGGUGGAAAACCCAACAUUGUCGUGGUGGGUGGCGGAUUCUGUGGCGUCCUUGUCACGAGUAUGCUGCAGGAGAACAACGACUUGUCCAUUACACUUAUUGAUCCAAAGGAUUCCUUCGAAUAUGUGGGUGCGCUACCCAAAACGUUGGUCCAAUACAACACCCAGUCGGAUAAGAAAGCAACAAGUCCUGCUGUAAGCUUACCCUUUCACCAAAUCCUUGGCAAACAAUCUGCAGCACGACAUGUCCGUGCCUGGGUCGAUCAAGUCGAGGAAAAGCAUGUCGUGGUCCAAUUUGCAAGUGGCAUGAAUGAUCCGGGCGCCUACUACACACGCAAGAUUCCCUUUGAUCACUUGGUAUUGGCUACUGGCUCGACGUAUCCGGCUGGGAUCAAGCACUCGCACAUGACGGCUGUGCACGGAAUCACACGCGGUGUCGAGUUACAGCGUCAACAACAGCGUGUUGCCAAUGCCGAGUCAAUCCUCCUUAUUGGAGGUGGCUACGUCGCAGCAGAGAUUGCCACUGAAGUCGCCACCGCCUACCCAGGUAAACAAAUCACAAUGGUGGAUCGUCAUCCACGUCUCUUGUCUCGUAUCCCCGAGGCCCACGAUAUGCUGUUGCAGAGAUUGACAGAGCUCAAGAUCAAUGUCGUAUUGGGUGAGACAAUCACCUCGGUCGAUCCACAGAGUCUGGACUACGUAUCGGCAUCAGGGCGGAGAUUCUCGACCGAUCACGCCAUUUGGACUGGCGGGCCUCAGCCGAAUACAGCGGGCCUGGUCGGCAGUAUCGAAACCACCUUUCCACAGGCUGCUGCUCAUCAUCAUCAAAGUGCAACGUCGUCUCGUGGAUGCAUUGUUGUGGACCAUUUUCUGAGCUUGCCGGGAAGUGGUCGCCGCGUAUGGAGUGGAGGAGACGCCUGCAUCUUGGAUGAUGGAGUUGGCGAAGAGGCCAUGGCAGCUCGUGCCAUGCAUCAGGGACGCGUGAUUGCCAAUAAUAUUCUGGCAGCAGUUCAAGCUGGCAUUGGCGCCCGAGACAGUGCUUUGGCCAGCAAAAAGGGGGAACUCGAGCUUACCAAAUACGUACACGACAAGGCUUCCAUUGCAAGUAUGAUUGUUUCGCUUGGAGGUGACAGUGCCAUGGUGAUUAUCGGCGACGUUCCAGUUGUGGGACCCUUUCGAUGUCUCAAAGAGGAAGUGGAGCGCCUCCUGCUCGUGCAGCUGGAGGCGAGGAACGAAACGCAACAGUCACUUGUGGAUCCUUACAAUCUCCUGAAGUCUGUCAAUGUGGAGAAGCUGCGUGAGUUGGCUGCAAGCAGUACGAAAGGGAAGGAACAUUCAAUCGCCGACAUUCUGCCACCGGAACAAAAGGCAUCCAUUUUGCACCUUCUUGUUGCUCCCAGCCAGGACAGCUAGGUGAUUUUCUUGCCAACGUUGCGUCCAACCAUCAGACUGAGCGUCUUGAAUCAACUCUGUAACCCGUAACUAUUAAUAGCUAGAAUUAGACACUUGUUGUCAGC